UUAUUUUGUUCUAUAAUAUUUUCCGUGAUUCUCUAAAUCUUGACUUUUGUGUUCACCCUGCAGCUUCUUUACUUUAACUUUAAAACUUUUGCACCACAUCAAAUCGGAUGUUUCCGAAUCAAGCCUUCAGUGAGGAGACACUGAGGCCGAAAUUUGAUCACAGACUUUCACUUCGCAUGUUUCGUUCUCAUGAACUACUCAACGUGAAAGACUGAGGAAGAGAGUAAAGAAAAAGAGGAAGGAAAAAAACAACAGGAGGAAGGAAAUGCAAUAAGAAAUAAAUGCGUUUAGGAAACCGUCAUUCAGUGAGACGUGGAAGAGCCUCGGUGAUGAGGAGAUAGGGAGGAAGCGAAGGAGACUAGGGAAGGGGAUGAAGCGCAGGGAGGAGGAGUAAAUCAGUGUUGGAGACUGACGCGGAAGAAGAAUCAGCCUCGGAAAAGGAAGAAGAAACCCGAAAUGAAAGCAGCCCCCCCGUCAGGGGGACUUCACACUUGUUGAUUAUCGUCGGUCUCCAGUACUGAGGCGCCUUUUGGACUUCUUUUCGACCGAUUUGUCGUGUCUUUCUGCGGGCUUGGACCGGCUGUUUUUGGCUGGCUGAGUGAUCGCUGAGACUGAAAAGAUCACCCAUCCAUUUCACAGACUUCACGCUGCUGCGGACACACUCGGCAUCCAGUUCUGCACGAUCGAUAUUUCAUCAUUUAUUCAUCCACCUUCCUUAGCAGGGAGCUUCGGGGAAGUGGCCGAGCAGGGCGCCCUGUCCUCCGCGCUGCGCCGCUGGGUGGCACCGCUGUCUCCGGGCGGAGGGUCUUUCUGAUCGCGGGCAUCGAGAGCAGCAGACGCCGUCGAAAAGGAUCGAAAAUCCAACAUUAAUCUCUCACUGGAACAGCUGUCGUGUAUUUUGGGAGAGUGGCUGGUCGAUAAAUGUCCAGGGAGUUUGUUUUUUAAUGAGUCUGGGAGGCGGGAUUCGCAGGCAGCACACCGACCUCGGCGCCCUUUCCGCCGGGCAGCACCGCUGGCUCCAGCCGGUGCGAUGACCGACCCUCCACGGGGCGACACCGACGUCACAAUCGCCAUAAACUGACCUCGUUUGGAUCACAGAGCCGUGAACUGGUGGCCUGUUGUGUGUUUUAAGACCUGAAUAAUUAUAUUCCAGAGCGAGGGGGAAAGUCCAGGACACACACCGAGCACGGCGCCCUUUGCCGGGCUGCGCCGCUGUGUUCGGCCCGGUGGGAUGUCUCUUCACUACGGGUGAACUACUUCCUACAAAUCCAGCCCUUUUGGCACCAGGGGUUACUGCUGUUGAAACCCGUUUUGUUGUCCUGCUGUUGGGAAGUUUUUAUAAGAGGGCGGGCAGGAGGACAUGGCGGACUCCGGCCGGCCCAGACCGGCGGACCCUGAUGCCGCAGAGAGCCGGACAGCGAGCCCGCUGGCCGGGAAGAAGAGGGCGCAGCAGUCUCCCGGACUCCGGUCUAAGUACCAGAGCUCUGCACCGGGUCACUGCUUCAAGAAAGUCACCCUGACCAAACCCACCUUCUGCCACAGCUGCAGCGACUUCAUCUGGGGGAUCAUCGGCUUCUUGUGUGAAGUGUGUAACUUCAUGUGUCAUGAAAAAUGCCUGAAGACACUGCGGAAGGUGUGUUCCUCCAUGACUCCGUCUCUGGUCCAGGUGCCGGUGGCUCACUGCUUCGGUCCGGCCGGUCAGAAGAAACGUUUCUGCUGCGUCUGCAGGAAACAAACAGAGGGAAGCACGGCGCUGCGCUGCGAAGUGUGUGAGCUGCAUGUCCACGCCGACUGCGCCAUCUUCACCUGUGCCGACUGUCGCAGCUGCCACCUGGACGGGAUUCUGGAGCAGGAUACGUUCCACCACCACUGGAGGGAGGGGAACCUGGCAUCAGCGGCGAGGUGUGAGGUUUGCCGGCGAUCAUGCGGGUCGUCUGAUGUCCUGGCAGGGAUGAGGUGCGAGUGGUGCGGCAUCACGAGCCAUGCGGCGUGUUACCUUGCCGUGCCGGCAGAGUGCACUCUGGGACGUCUGCGCUGCAUGCUUCUGCAUCCGGCCUGCGUUCGCCUCGACUCCAGAAACUUCAGCAAGAUGCACUGUUACCGCAUCGCUGAGAGCUGCAGCCACGAGCUGGACAACUCAGAUGACGGUGAUCUCUCUGCUGCAGCAGCACCAGCAUCCAAAGACGGUCAGCCGGCUGCUUCAGAGUCAGGUAAACAGAAUCUCAAGGUGUUUGAUGGCGACGAUGCAGUGAAGCGCGGUUUCUUCCGACUGGUCUCAAUCACGAAGAAUGAGGAAGUGGUGGAGGCGGCGCUGAGGGCCUUCUACCUCCCCGACGACCCUCAGGACUUCGAGCUGCACGAAAUCGGCGGCCUGCAGCGUCUGCACAGCGACGACAUCCUGAACCGCAACGGCGGCCCGGACAACAGGAAUUCGCUGAAGGACGGAGGCGACUCGUGGCUGCUGAAGGCAAAACCCCGAGUCACUGAGGUCAUCAAAGUGUACAAUGACUGGCCCAGGUCGGGCGUCGCUUUCAUUUCGGUUUCCGUCUCAGACAGCAGCACGACGUCCUCGGUCCUCGCCGAGGUCCUCAGUAAGCUGGACAGACAGGAGGAAGAUCUAUCAAAAUUCUCUCUGCUGGAGGUCUGCAUGAGCAGCAAGCAAGUGCAGAGACAGACGCUGACUCCUCAGGAAAAGCUUCUGGACAAACUGCGGGAGAUCAGGAAGGUGUCUCUGCGGCAGAUGAACCAGACUCGGUUCUACAUCGUGGAGAACAAAAACCGGGCGGUGCGGGUGGAGCUGCUGAUUGGAGGGCUGCCCCCCCUGCUCACCACAGAAAAGUACACGCAGCUGAUUGAGGAACACCUCGCCAUCAAGAGUCACCUGGUCACCAUCAGCAACUUCUAUCUCAAUCAAGGUGCAGUGGCGUUGCAGAUCUCGUGUUUCGCUGAAGCGGAGAGGAUCUACAUGCUGGCUAAAGAUACUUCCAUCAACAACAAGACGCUCACCUCGCUGGUCAUUCCAGGGAUCACGCACAACACGCUGGGAGAAGACGUGUGUCCUCUGCUGGUGUUUGUCAACCCAAAGAGUGGCGGUCUGAAGGGGAGAGAGCUCCUCUACGGCUUCCGGAAGCUCCUGAACCCUCACCAGGUCUUCGACAUCAUGAAUGGAGGCCCGCUGGCCGGCCUGCACACGUUCAGGGAGGUUCCCCGGUUUCGGGUGCUGGUCUGUGGGGGCGAUGGGACGGUGGGCUGGGUGCUGGGAGUGCUGGAGGCUGUAAGGCACAAACUGACCUGUCGCGAACCGCCCAUCGGCAUCAUACCACUGGGAACAGGUAACGACUUGGCUCGUAUCCUGCGGUGGGGUCCAGGUUACAGUGGUGAGGACCCUUACCACAUCCUAGUGUCAGUUUAUGAGGCUGAUGAGGUUCUGAUGGACCGCUGGACCAUCCUGCUAGAUGCCCAGGACGUCUCAGAGGAUGGCAAAGACAACGACUUCUUGGAGCCGCCCAAGAUUGUCCAGAUGAACAACUACUUUGGUCUCGGUAUCGACGCGGAGCUCAGCCUCGACUUCCACCUGGCUCGAGAGGAUGAACCCGACAAAUUCACCAGCAGGUUUCAUAACAAAGGUGUGUAUGUGAAGGUAGGCCUGCAGAAGAUCAGUCACACCAGGAGUCUCCACAAAGAGCUGCAGCUUCACGUGGACGGGCAGGAAGUCCCAUUACCCAACAUAGAGGGGCUGAUCUUCCUCAAUAUACCCAGUUGGGGUUCAGGUGCUGAUCUUUGGGGGUCAGAGGUCGACAGUCGCUAUGAGAAACCCAGCAUCGAUGACGGCCUGUUGGAGGUGGUUGGGGUCACAGGGGUCGUCCACAUGGGCCAGGUGCAGAGUGGUUUCCGUUCUGGGAUUCGCAUUGCUCAAGGGAACUAUAUCAGGCUGACAUUGAGGAAACCGAUACCAGUCCAGGUGGAUGGAGAACCGUGGAUCCAGCCGCCGGGACACAUCAUCAUCUCUGCUGCUGGACCAAAGGUUCGGAUGCUGAGGAAGUCCAAGCAGAAGCAGAAGAAGUCAUCAGCUAACAUGAGGGACGGACACUCGGAUAGUCCUUCUUCCAGAGAUGGACACUGACCCGAUCACCCAAUAAUGGCCGUCCUGCCUGUUAUCUGCCUCCUGCUACUGCACAUGGGUAACCGUUUUGGUGCCAGCAUCCAGCUGUGAAUUCACUCAUGUAGCUUUGCAGCAACACUAACGGGCCGCAGACGGACCGCAGACUCAUGGACGUUUGCCGUCUUGCAAAGUGGGAGAAAGUCAUGAAUCACCUGGGAUUGCAUUUCAUGCCUACUGUCCAGGCGCCGACCAUUUACAGAAAUCACAGUAACCGUGGUUAAUAAUUCCACUCCUAACUUUUUUACUUAACAGUAAAUAACUCACAGCAGGAUGUCUGCAUAGACUGCAAAAGAAAUUGUGUUGAAUUUUGACCAUUUCUCAGUAUGAAUAAGCUCUGCGCUGGAACAAAAAAAUCUAGACAAGUAUUUAAAGUGUCUGUCCGGACGUGACUGUAUAUGUGCAGUAAGUAGCAGUACUCAGUGUCAGCUGAUAUAUUAUAUAAUAACUUUAGUUGUGAAAAAUAAUGUGCAGCUAUAGAAUAAUUAUGACCUCAGUGUUGGUCUGUUUGUCAUCAGAAAAUAUCGAGAAAGCAGAUAUUGAAGAGAGCGACGGGCAGUUUUUUAAAAGCUGUUACUACAUAAUGUUUCUCGAAAGCAGUAAUUUCCUGGGGGACCCGACUACCUUUCUUCUUCUUCUUCUUCUUGAUUUCUUGUGUGAAAUCCUUUAGUAAUAUUUACCGUACACACAGUGUUGAAAUUUUACACUAUUGAGCGUAAUUAAAGUCAGAUAAGGGUGAGCUAUGAUAAGCAGGGUUAGCUGGAAAGAAGAACAGUAGAGCCUGGAGCAGGUUGUAGUUCAGCAAAGGGAGAGCUGUUUAUUUUUUAUGCUCACAGAGAUUAGUCUUGCAGUAAAGCUUGUCUUACAUAGAAAUGUGUUUACUGGUAAAUACAGGAAAAUAUAAAACAAGAGAAACUCCAAGAUAAUUUAGAAUAAUUUAAAAAAAUACCAAAGGCCACCUAGUAAUUUAGUUUCAAUCAGCAGAAGAAUAUAUAUAUAUAUAUGUACAGUAUAACAUACAAGUGCAGAUUUCUCAUAAGAACUACAGAACAUCCAGUCAGGACAGCAUUAAAAAGACAAACAUUUCUUUUUCUCUGACAGGAGCCUGUUUUGAUAUUCUUGAUGUUUUAAUUUUUUACAUUUUUUAAUUUUUAUUUUACAGAAGUGUGUGAUGGCACUUGUUCAAGCUGUUAGGUUAUUCGAGAUACUGAGAAACAACCCAAACAGUGGCCAUUAAUGUGAAUCCCAAUUUAAUUUUGAAAAUUGUGUACCAGAUACGAAAAUUAGCCUAAUAACACUCCUGUCACAGUUAGUAACUGCAAAAGCUUGUUAGCUAAUUUUUUUUAGUCAGUUUUGUGCAUUAAGGCACAUUGAAAGUAUGUUUAUUAAACAGGAUUUUUGCUUUUGUUCAUUAAGUUCAUCUGCAGCUAAACAAAACACAAACAUCUUGAACAAAUGAAUGGUUACUUAGCUAGCACUAACUUUUACUUUUGGCUAAUGUAAAAAUGUGACUAAUAUUUUGUAACCUGAAAAUGAUUCAUUUGAGUCCGUUUUUAAAAUGCAGAGGUCAAAACCACUCAAUAAAAGUUAUCUUAAACUUUUAGUCAUUAUAAAAUUAACUCACUCUGUGCCAUUUUAGUUACAGGUGCCAGAAAUUAUCUAGAAGACCUGUUACAUUAAAAAAGCUUCCUGCUAAGCUAGUUUUUUCAAUUAAAAGUAGUAAAAUUAUUAGCUUAGCAGGCUAGUUAGCUACUUUUAAAGAAAGUAAAAUAUCAAAAGAUUUAAUUUGUUCAUUGUCCAUAUCAGGAACUAAAAACUGAAAUAAAACUCUGUUUUCAUUUCUUGAAAAGUGAAAAAAAAAUUGUAGCUAGGCAAUGUAAGCUUAAAAUAUUAGCUAGGGAACUAGCUAUAACAAAACUUUGCUAUGUGUAAUAGUAAUAUUAGGCUACUUAUUUUAUAGGUCAAAUUGAGGGUUUCAGUUAAACUAGACUAGAUACUAUAUUGGUAAUGGUUUAAUAAGCAAGCUUAUAAAGAUAGCAUAUAAAAUGAAAUAACAAAUUCAAUUUGUCUGAAUGUUACUGAAAUAGAAAAGGUAAAAAGGUCAGUGGUAAAUGUAACCAAUGAGGUCAGGUAUAAAGUAAUUCAAAUAUUGUGUAAGAGGUGUGUUGACCUUGCACCACAAUCUAAUAAAUCGAAUUAUUUCAUUUUCAGUACCACUUUGUAGAUGAUGCCUUCAUCCGAUCUAAAUUCUGUAUUGCUGAAUUUAUCCAAAAAUCCCAACUUAAUCUAAACAAAUGGUUCAAACCAGACCUAAAACAACAGAGCCAGCAGAGUCCAACCAUAACUUUUAUCUCCCCCUUUUUGCUGUGUCCUGCUCUUUAACCAUAAAGGAAGGACUCAAAAUUGAGCUCCAUUUGCCAUUUUAAAGACUCUGACAGAAAGGACUUAAUGAAAGAGGCACUUUGUUCACAUUGCCAGAGUAUGAAGAAGUUCAAAACUCUGAAAUAGACUAAAGAUCCUAUGCUGAAGGUUCCAGCUCUUGAUGUAGCCUCAAAAACAUUCAAUAACUGUACUUUGGCUGUAACUUGUACACUUUUUAAAAUCAAACAUGUGCUUAAUAGAUUUAUUUUCAUGUUAUUUGGUGCUAGAAGAUAAAAUACGUAUAGUAGUUCUGUGCUUGGUUUGAGAUUCGAGGAUGAUGUUUUUAUUUUCUACACCUUAAAAUUAAGUUUAUGAAAUCUGACUAAUGAAGGUGAAAUACCUCUCGAUGGCUUCAUUCAGCCCUUUUCUGCAGUCGCUCUUUUGAGCCAGUUUCCACCAUUCUACUGUUCUCUAGUUUUACAUGUUACACGUUUCUUCCUUUUUCUGUCCCAUAUGCAAUGUUUCUGCGUUUCAGUGUUGUUAGAUAUUCAUGUUAAAUAUCUCCAAAACUGAAAUACUGAGUUUCUAUUCAAGUCAAUUUUAUUUAUAUAGCACCAAAUCACAACAACCACUGCCUCACAGCUAAACAUAUGUAAAAGUGAUUGAAAAAAUUAGCAUUUGAAUGCCUGAUUAUUAUUUUUUUCCUUUAUCAAUUAACCCGUGCAUGGCCACAAAGUACAGCCUGAAAGCUCUAUUAGCUGCCCCUUGGUAGGCCUCCUUAAGUUGGCCAAUCAAGAGGAAGUGGCUUUUUAGCCCCUCUGGAGUCCCAGAAUAAAAGCAUAGAGUUUGAAAAUAAGCAGAACAGGUCUCCUCUGAUAACAUCACAUGUGGUUAGUAUAUAAAGAUAAAUUAGUUGUUGUAAAUGUUGAAAACCUGCCAAAUUAUGAUUUAUAACUCUUUAAAUUUCACAUUUCCUGGUUCCCAGACUCGUCUUCUACAAGUGAACCAGACAUCAGCUUGUAAUAAAAAGAAAAUGAAGGGUUGGAAGACACUUUCAUACACAGCAACAUUUAAUUUUGAUUCAUGAGCAACCUGUUCUAGAGAAACAAACUGCAGAACCUGGUGGACACACCAGGAGGCGCUGCAGAAAAGGAUUAAUAAUGAAAGCGGGUAACAGCGAGGGUUUCUGGCUUUAAACAGAGGUGCAAGUCGACCUCUGAUUGAAGUGUGUUCAAGCAGUUUGUUGUGUUUUCCUAAACUUGAUGCUGUGUGUGUACUGGCAGUAGGAUGUAGCUGUGUAACUGUACACAUAUGAAGUACUGUCAGAGUGUUUGUUACAUGAAGUACUGUAGUUUUGUUCCAUGUAGAGCUGCGUUUUUGUGCUUUUACAGCAGCGUUUGAGCUCGUCUUCACUGAUGACGACGAGUGAAACUGCUGCAGUCACACGUUUGAAACACUCCAUACACCCACCAGUCUUAAUGUGUUACCACGUUCUUCUGGUCGGUCAGUCCUCUGUGUUAACGUCUCGUUAAAGGUGGUUAAUUCUGUUUUAGUGUCUCCGCAGUGAGCAGGAAGUUUAACUUCUCUGCCAAAGAACUACACCAGAAUUCAUCCUUAAAAUGGAUUCACAGUUUGAAAAAGAUCAAAACCAGAAGACUUGUUUUCAAAAUUGAUGAAAACAAGUUUAAUUCUGCUGAUGGGCAGAAGAAUGUCUCGCACAUGUUUUGUUUUGAGUAAAGAGUUAUGGAAUAGCAUUGGACCAAACCACUGUGAGGCCAUGUGGGGGGGGUGGGGUUAUAGUUCUAUAGCUAUAUAGUUACAGUUACAGCAAAGCACUGAUGAGAAAAAUGGGAGUGACUAUCUGAAUGUGACGACACACUUUUGAGAAGGGCCAGGUCCCCCACCGCCCCCUUCGGCCACACCCCUGUCUCCUUUAAAACAGUUCAUCAGCGUUGCUUCACCUGUUCGGUCUUAAAGAAUGUCCCAGCUGAAAGGCAUGCAGAGAUUUUGGGUCACUUUCUCACAUUUUUGGGGAAGCCUUCAUUCAUUUUUGCCACGCUGUAAUUCGCACCGUGCCAUACGAGUCGUUCUGUUGUGUCAAACCUCGCCGCUUUGACUUUCUGCUUCUCUUCGUCCGCCGUGCCUCUGCUGUAGCGUCCAAAGUAUCAGACACCAGGCUGAGGUCGGCGUGGCCGUUGCGCCUCGACGCCCUGAGUGCGCUGAUGUUUAACGUGUGUGUUUCCUGCUGGUGCAGUGGUGUGUUCACUCUGAGCUGAUGUGCCUCCAGUUUUCUGUUGCUGUAAUUCUCUCUGAAUAGAUGAUUUGUCUGUUUUUCCAGACAGAAGCUGUUUUUUUUUAGUUUUAACUGUAAACUAUAAAUUGCACUAAUUGUUUUACAGAUGCUCUUAGAUGUGACGUUCAGGUUAUUAUGAAUGUUGUCAUAACUAAAGCUAAUUAUCUAGCAUAUAUAUCUAUAUACAUAUAUAUAUAUGUAUAUAGAUAUAUAUAUGUUUAAAUUAUGUGUCUAAUUGUAAUAAACUAAAGACCGACUAAGAA